UCAGUGAAGCUAGCGCAUCUUUCGGAGACGUCUUACAAAGUCUGAGAUCAGCUAGCUUACUGAGUACUGACAAAUAAGCAAGACAAAAUUAAGACUGCUCUGCAGUUUUCUUGCUGAAAAACUGCUCUGAGUUGUUUAGGCUUUGGAUGGGUUGAUAUAUGGUUGAGCCAUCAGUAGUGAUUGUGAAUGGAGGGAAUUUUGUUGUUCCAUCGAAAUGCCGCACCUACUUUCCCACUGUCUCAACAGCUAACUUUGUUGUUUGCUGCCAGCUGUAAGUAGCAGCAGGCAAGGCAAUCCUCCACUGAUUCCCAUAGUUUAGAGCUGGGCUUCUUGUCUCCUGCUUGCAUUCUACAAAAUCCAAUUGCCUGCCUCCUGCUGCGCCGUAGUACAAUUUUGCAGAUCGAAGCAUGAACCGUCUCUUGUACCCUGAAUGGAUGGAUGUCCUCUGUUACUGUGAUGUGUCCCUCCAAUUCUAUUUCACAUAGAUGCUGGGUCAUGGUUUUAUCAGCAAGCAAACAAGCAUUCAUUUCAUGGUCAUGGCUGCUGGACCUGAGCAUUCAUGUUCGUGUUCUUCUGUUCCCUUCGUUGGCAGCAGAGCUCCCGUGGCUUGUCUGAUGAUCGCUUGAAUAUAUCAUGGUCACAGCGCCCGAGCAGUCACUCGAAAUGCUCGGUGAAGUAAAAUAUGGUUCUGCCUCACAUGGCGCAUCCAGCGAGAGCUAGUCUGGCUGGUCCUUGUCAACGGCCUGUCCUGCAGCUGCUUUCUUGGUAGUAGACUAGUAGUUCAUCGGAGUACCUCUUGCUCAGUGAUCUCCAUUCCAUCGCCAGCAGAGGCUAAUCCAGAUCGCAUCAGUCAAGUAAUCGCCGGCAGCCAGCAUGAAGCAACAAAUUGUGAGCAGCAAUGGCAGCUCGCCGUCGCCGUCUCCGGCAGCCGCACGAACGCGGGCAUCAAGGCCGCCGCCGCCCAAAGCCAAGCAAUCUCCUGCUGCUGCUCCAGGGGCGAAGGCCAGGCCAAGAACCACCCCCACCACCACCACCACCAUGGCGACGGCGGCGAGGAGGCAGCUGCCUGUACCUGCGCCUGCGCCGGUGAGGAGGGCCAUGAGCAGCAGGGACAAAGAGGAGCCUGACAAGGAGACAGUGGAGGAGGAGGUCGUGCGCCUGCGUGGAGAGGUGGAGGCCCUGCGCAGGGAGGUGCAGCGCCUGCUCCGCCUCAACGCCGACCUGGCCCUUGCGCAGAGAGGGCAGGGAAAGGCCAUCAGCAGCAGUGAUCCGCCACAGCAAGACAAAGACAGCCAUGAUCCCGCAACCAACAGACCACAACCUCCCAGCAAGACUCCCGGGGGAGUCCCUGCACGGCCUCCCCCGCCGCCCCCGCCGCCGCCGGCACGGCAGCAAAAGCCGAAAGGCUCUUCAGCUCCGAUCACAAGCCCGGUGAGCAAGGCCACCGCAGUGGUUGACAUGUACAACUCGCUGACCAACAACAAGAAGCCGCCGCAGCACGCUGACAGAGGCCGAAGCCAUCAUCACCACAGCAGCAUUGUUGGGGAGCUGCAGAACCGCUCCAGGCACCUGCUAGCGAUCAAAGCGGACGUCGAAACAAAAGCAGAGCUCAUUGAGGAUCUCAUCAAGAAAAUCCACACCAGCACCUACACCGACGUGGAGCAGGUGCUUACCUUUGUGGACUGGCUGGAUCAACAGCUUUCUAAUCUGUCUGAUGAGACAGCCGUCCUGAAGCACUUCAACUGGCCGGAGAGGAAAGCCGAUGCGCUCCGUGAAGCAGCGUCCGAGUACCGGCAUCUCAAGUGCCUUCUAGCUGACAUCUCUUCCUUGAACGAUGAUGGUGGCAGCCCUUCGCCCUGCGACGCAAUUCUCAGGAAGAUCUCAAGCUUGCUGGACAGAUUGGAGAAGAGCAUGAGCAGGCUGGUGAAUCUGAGGAGCUCGGCGAUGCCGUCCUACAAGGAGCUGCGAAUCCCAACUGACUGGAUGCUUGAUUCAGGGGUUGCCUCGAAGAUGAGGUUGGCGUCGGUGAACCUGGCGAAGGUGUACACGAAGAGAGUCCUCAAGGAGCUGGAUGGCAGGGAUACAGCUGGGAACGAGGCUGCUCUGGUCGCUCAGAGCGUGCGCUUCACCUACAGGGUGCACCAGUUUGCUGGAGGGCUCGACUGCGAAGCGAUGCACGCCUUUGAAGAGCUAAGAAGGCGGGUCCGUCCGGUCUCCUCGUCUUAGCUACAUCUACAUGGGCAUGGUGGAGAUCAAGAGUCAAGAUCCCCCAGUAGAUCCUCGUCUUCUUCGCGUAGCAUAAUUGUUGCGGCGCCAGUUAUCUGGGAAAUGGAUGCUCUGCGGUACUUCUCUCUGCAAUUGAGUCAUUAACAUAUGGACCUAGGCCCACACGUCGGUGACUCACGUGCAGCAGCAGCUACUGCAGAGGAUCCCUGCCCGCCAUCUGAGGGCUUGUACAAUGACAUGUAAUGAGGCAACAAAGAGUUGGUUUAAGCGCCCGCGAACUCCAA